CUUCGUCCGCUUUCCUUGUCAAUCCUGAUGAUGGUCCCGUCCCGCAACAUUGACCAUUUAAUCUUUUUUGCGUGGGUGCCGCCUGACCUGCUGAGUUUCUCCAGCAUUUUGUGUGUGUGUGUGUUGCUCAGGGAGUGUGGACAGACAGAGGCAGGUUUUCACUUUGAAGAAACAACAUGCUUACAGACGCACUCGCUGCCGAGUUUAGGAAAGAUGGUUUUGUUGCUAUUGAAGGUUUUAUCGCAGUGGAGGAAUGUGAUUCUCUGAGAGCGCGGAUAUCAGAGAUUAUUGAUGAGAUGGAUGUCCCUCACCAUCUUCACACCGAAUUCUCAACUCAGGAAGCAGAGCAGAUUAAAACACAGGUUGGAAGCACAGAUUACUUCCUGACUAGUGGGGACAAAAUUCGAUUCUUCUUUGAACGCGGAGUGAUUGACAGCAAAGGUGAUUUUCUAAGACCAAAAGAAAAAUCCAUAAAUAAAAUUGGUCAUGCACUUCAUGUCCUGGAACCUGCGUUCAAAAAUCUCACACAUUCACGCAAAGUGCAGGAGGUGGCUCAGAAGUUGGGUUUACAGGAACCCGUCAUUGUGCAGAGUAUGUACAUCUUUAAGCAACCAGAGAUUGGUGGUGAAGUAACCCCACACCAGGAUGCAACUUUCUUAUACACAGAACCGCUUGGGAGCAUAGUAGGCUUUUGGAUUGCACUAGAUGAUGCAACUGAGGAGAAUGGCUGCCUUUGGUUUAUUCCAGGCUCCCACAGAGCUGGUAUCACACGGAGGAUGAAGCGUAGUCAAAAUGGAGAGUAUCCUUUCCUCAAAUUUGUUGGACAGGAGCGUAAUUAUCCAGAUAAUGAAUUCAUCUCUGUUCCAGUUAAAAAAGGUGGACUUAUCCUAAUUCACGGACAAGUUGUGCACAAAAGUGCUUUAAACACAUCAGAUAAGUCACGCCAUUGCUAUACUUUCCACGUAAUGGAAUCCCGUGAUACUCACUGGAGUGAAGAGAACUGGUUGCAGCCCACUCCGGAACUCCCAUUCCCACUUCUCUACACUUAGCAAUUGGGAAUGGAUGAUAAAGAAGAAUUGAGAUGAAAUUUUGCUCUUCUGUUCAUUGCAAACUACGAUCUUUUCUGAGGAGUAACACUUCAUAUUCUGUCUGUGUAACCUCCAUGACAUUGAUUUCUCUAACUUCUGGCAAUUUCUCCCCCCUCCCCCUUCUUCCAUUCCUCAAUUUGGCUCCCUUCCCACCUCUUCUCCUUACUUGCCUAUCACCUCCCUCCAGUAUCCCCCCCUUCCCUUUCUCCCACUCUCCUCUCCUAUCAAAUUCCACCUUCAUCCCCUCUCCUCCAUCCACCUGCCUACCUUGAUCACAUGGCUUCACCUAUCACCUUCUAGCUUGUACUCCGAUCCCCUGGCCCCACCUUCUUAAUCUGGUUUCUGCCCCCUUUCUUCCCACUCUUGGUGAAGGGUUUUGGCUCAAAGUGUCAACUCUCCUUUCCAUUGAAGCAGCCAGACCUGCUGAGUUCCUCCUGCAUAUUGUGUGUGGCACAAUAUUUUAAAAUUGUAUUCUACAUGAACCAUGGGAAAUAUCCUGAUCUAUUGCUUAUAGAUAAAGGUAAAAUAAAUAAAAUUCCUGAGACUGCC